AUGCCUUGCCUUUCUCUGGCCGGCGACACAAUUAUCAAGAGAGUAGGCGUCGUGGGGUAGUAGUGAUCAUCAUUUCUCUUUGAAAAGUGAGCUUCUCUGAUUACAGUCUCUAGUUAUAAUUCUCUUCCGUAACCCAGAACCAGGCUAGGAGAAUCUCCAACAAAGAGGGAAGACAUGGCUACGGAGUCGUACGAGGAGGCCAUUGCAGGACUCACGAAGCUUCUCAGUGAGAAAGCUGACCUUGGAGACAUCGCCGCCGCAAAGAUCAAGCAGAUAACGGCGGAGUUGGAGACGGCCGGUUCGAAUCAGUUUGAUCCGGUCGAGAGGAUCAAAACCGGCUUCGUCCACUUUAAGAAAGAAAAACUUGAGAAGAAUCCUGCGUUGUACGGUGAACUUGCUAAAGGCCAGAGUCCCAAGUUUUUGGUAUUUGCAUGCUCAGACUCUCGCGUUUGUCCCUCCCACAUCCUGAAUUUCCAACCGGGAGAGGCCUUUGUGGUUCGCAACAUAGCCAACAUGGUCCCGCCCUUUGACAAGAAUAAAUACUCAGGAGCAGGGGCGGCCAUUGAAUAUGCAGUGUUGCAUCUGAAGGUGGAACUUAUUGUAGUCAUGGGACACAGUUGCUGUGGUGGUAUAAAGGGGCUCAUGUCUAUACCGGACGAUGGGACCACUGCGAGUGAAUUUAUCGAGCAUUGGGUCAAAAUCUGCUCCCCCGCUAAGACGAAGGUUAAGACAGAAUACAGUGAGUUAAGUUUCCAUGAGCAGUGCACCAAUUGUGAGAAGGAAGCUGUGAAUGUAUCACUGGGAAACUUACUGACAUAUCCGUUUGUGAGAGAAGGUGUGGUGAAUAAAACACUGGCUCUCAAGGGUGCACACUACGACUUUGUCAAAGGAGCUUUUCAACUCUGGGAUCUUCACUUCAAAAUUAUACCCACCCUGCAUGCAUGAUCGAUCAUCUGGUCAUGUCUUGUUUAUCUUCAUCUCCUUUUUUAGCCCUAAAGAGCAUUCUAUACAAAUAAAUGCUAUAUUCUUGAUCAUCCUAUAUUUAGUCAUCCUCAAUCACAUUUUGAUUA